AUGAUGAGAGACGCAACAACCCCUCCUCCACCCUCGUCGCGACUUCGCACUCCUCCAACACCCAAGCACGGUGCUGGCUACCAUUCCUACGACCCGUACGAGCCUAGAAGGUCCCAGAGAGUUCAGCGCCUGCACAACAUUCACGAAAAGGUCUCCCAGUCCUCGUCGUCACGCAAGUCGACUCUCCAGCGCACAUCGUCAACACAAACCCUCUCGCCUCCUUCCUCCCCUGCUGUGGACCGACAAGAACCACAACAAACACCUGCCAGACCUACUCCCGUGCGUCGAUCGCUGUUUACGCGCAACAGACCCACCAGCACACCCAACAUCAGCUCUCUCUUCGACGUCUUCGCACCUCAACCACAACUUCCCACACCCGCAUCCAUGCUGCCCACUCCCAACAAGACCCCCUACAAGCGCGACCCCAACGCCAUGCAGACCACCGCGCGCAUCCUCAACUUCAAGCCUGUCAGCACUCAGUCGGUCAUGCCCACCCCACGCAUGAAGGCCAAGUCGCGUCUCACCCUUGACGAUGACGAUGCCGUCCAUGAUGAGGUCAAGGUCUUUACCGACACCCAGGAUCGUGUGCCCACCGUCGACAAAACUGAAGACAACCCCUUCAUUGGUCCCAGAAAAACCAGAGCUCGCACCCGAGCUCAGACCGCUCCCUCGUCGUCAAUUGAUGUUGACAUGGAGGACGCCCACGCUGACGACGACAAGGGCAUCCUUUACGUCUUCCGUGGCAAGAAGGUCUUCCGUCGCUUCGAGAAGUCUACUGAUGAGCCUGCUGACUCGGAUGCUUCUACUGGUUCCAACAACAGCCUGAAGCGCCAGGCCGGCGCCUCUGCUUCUCGCCCCUUGACUCGCUCCUCCUUCAAGCCUCGUCUGCUCUGGCCAAGCGCUAACAGCGAUGGCGACGCUGAUGAGGAGGCCCUGACCGACAUUGACGAGGAUAACAUCCCUUCAGUCGACUCGGCUCCCUUCGGCGCUUUCGUCCAGCCUACCAAGACCCCUUCCAAGAAGGCUGCCGCCCACCCCGCCACUCCUCCUUCGUCUCACCGCCAGACCCGCUCGGCCGCUCAGCAGGUUACCAUCUUCGCUGACCCUCACAACGAGCUUAACCGUGCUCUCGCCUCGCCCUCAGUCACUCCCAUGCCUCAGAAGGUCGUCUCUGGUCCUCUUUUCGCUGGCUGGCCUCGCAGCAAGAAUGCUGAGGAGAAGGCUGCUCGUGGUGAGAAGCGUCACCGCACUACCAUGUCUGAGCCUGAAAUGCCAACCAAGCGCACUCGCUCCAACCUCUUCACUUCCGACCGUCCUUGA